UUUGUAUUGUUUUGUUAGAUUUCCUCAUUUCCAUUGUAUUCUUUUCUUCCUUUCGACGGGGAAGAGGAAAGCAGAGGGAGAAGGGUUAGCCAUGGCGGACGCCUGCAACUCUCGGAGCCUUUCGUGGCUCGUAAAGCCCUGCCGUCCCGAUCCCCGCCGUGAGAUCAUCGCCCUGACGCCGCUGGAUAUCAUACACCACCUCAGGCCAUCUUCCGCCGCCCCAAUCGCGUCGCUGCCUGACGAUCUGCUACUCGAGUGCCUCUCCAGGGUGCCGACGUCCUCCCUACCCGUCCUCCCUCUCGUCUGCCGCCGUUUCUCCCUCCUCAUCGAUUCGCCUGCCUUCCUCCGCGUCCGCCGCUCUCACGGCCGCCUCCGCCGCACCCUCCACGCCCUCUCCCUUUCCGAUCUUGGUCGGCUCUCCUCUGCUUCCCUCUCCGCUGAUUCUUCCUUGGACGCCUCCUGGGACCUAUUUUCCACUUCUUCUGGAGCCGUCUCACUUGAAGUCUUCGAAGGAUCCUUUUCCUUCGCUCAUGCCCGUGUGGCGGUCCUCGGACGCGCGAUCUACAUCAUUGGCCGCGGAGCUACCCUCCGGUACGACACUUGGACUGGGGCGGUCUCCCCUCGGGCCCCGACCAUUUUCCCUCGCAAGAAAUUCGCCGCCGCGGCAAUCGGAGGCAAGAUCUACGUGGCCGGGGGCGCCGCCCGUACUUCAGCGGUUGAGGAGUACGAUCCGGUGGCCAAUGCGUGGCGGGUAGUCGCGGAGGCCCCAAAGCAGCGUUAUGGCUGCGUCGGCGCCGCUUCCGGAGGGGUGUUUUACAUUGCCGGAGGUUUGCGCGUUGGCGGAGGCGGGACUGGAGUGGAGGCUGGGAGGCUAGACGCCCAUAUUUGCGCUGGAUCUAUGGAUGCUUACCACGUGGAUGCGGGUGCGUGGGUGAGAGGCCGGCCGGCCGCCGGGGCAGGGUCGGCGGCUGCGGUGCCCGGAGGUUGGUGCGUCGUUGGGGCAUGCGGAUCGGGGCCGUACGUGUACGUUGUAGCCAGCCACGCGGUGGAGCUUUCCUUUUGGCGUUGGGAGGGGAAGGUGCGGAGGGGCGGCGGCGGUGAGUGGACGCGGCUGUUACCACCGCCAGUGCCGGCCCGUUUGGGCCUGGGCGGAGCUGUUCGCUUCAGCUGCGCUGCCGUGGGGGAGGAAAAGGUGGUGGCGCUAGUCCAAGUCUCGGUCGGGUGCUCUGGCCAUGGCGGUGCAAGAUGGGGUUCGGACAAUUUGGCGGUGGAGGGCGCGUUGCUUGUGUACGACAUAAGGAGCGGCGAAUGGAGUCGAGGCCCGGACCUGCCUACGAGACUUCGACGCGCCGCUGUUGUCUGCGUCGAGUUCUGACGAACGUUACCACCUACCAUGUAGCGUCAUUAAGCAUUCACCAAGAGAUUGAUAGUUAUAGAUGUGAUUGCCUAAAAUGAUGAUCAAAUUCAAUGUUUGAGAUAUGUCUAUGGUCAAUCGCUUGCUUUCUUGGAUCAAACUCUGUAGAAUUUUUCUGUUCUCUUUCACUUUUGUUCUCGUUCAUCCAUUCAGACACUGGAAAUAUCUUCUUAACAAUUAUCUUUUCAGGUAUUUGGACAAGCUGCUCCUGUGCCUGCUCAUAAGCUUGGCAUCUGGUGAGAUUAAGUUCAUAUGAUUACUGUUUCAGAAUCCCGAGCAUUCAUGUAGUGUCUACAACAAGCUCCGUGCCAAUUGGCAAUGUGCAACCAUACAAAUUUGUUCUCCCACCAACUUGGAAACAAACGCGAGUUGCAAACAUACUCUCAGGAAAUUAUUGCCAACCAAAAUGCGCUGAACCAUGGGUAGAGGUGAAAUUUGAAGAUGAAAAGCAAGGCAAAGUUCAGAUUGUGGCUUCACCGCUAAUUCGACUGACAAACAAGCCCAAUGCUACAAUUGAAGACAUUGGAAGCCCUGAGAAAUUGAUUGCUUCCCUUGGACCUUUUGUCACUGGAAACACAUUUGACCCUGAUGAGUUACUAGAAGCAUCCGUUGAUAAGCUUGGUGAUCAAACAUAUUACAAAUAUGAACUCGAGACUCCAUUUGCUUUGACGGGCUCACAUAAUCUAGCAAAGGCCACUGCCAAAGGAAAUACAGUAAUCUUGUUUGUAGCAAGUGCCAAUGACAAACAAUGGCCAGUUUCUCAGAAGAUUCUCAGAGCAAUGCUCGAGUCCUUUCAAGUAUGAGUAUCCUCAUGAUCGAAGCCUAGUGUGAUUACCUAAUUCUUCUACUCUAAUGUUGUUAAUGGCGUCAUAUCUCCCUACUAGAUUUGAAGACUGAAAAUUUGAUUUUGGCGUUUCCUAAAGGCAACAGAGCGGAGACUUAACUAUUCUUCUCAAAGUUAUGAGACUUUUUCAUAUUUUUGUCCAUACAAAGUGUCUAAUCGUUAAUGCUUGGAAAGAGAUUGAAAGUUUUUUCCUUUGUGAAUUGAA